AUGAACUACAAAAAUCCUCCACCUUACCCUGGCCAGGGCCCCACUGCCUCUUACCCACCUUAGGCACAGCAACCGGGUGGUCCUCCUGGCUAUCCUCCUGGAUCUACUGGGCCAUACCAGCCAGGCCAGCCAGGUUAUUGAGGUUAUCCCCAGUACGGAUGGCAAAAUGCACCUCUGACUCCAGGAUCAGUGUAUGCAGAUGGGCCUAAAACCAUAGUGUAUGUCAUGGAGGAGCGGCAGAGGGACGACUCAGGUGAGAGCACCUGUCCAAUUGCGUGCUGGACUGCACUCCGCUGCUGCUGCCUCUGGGACAUGCAGAGCCACCACACAUACCUCUCAUGGAGUACUAUGCGAAAUGUUAUGCCACCAAAUACAGAGUAA